AUGUCUGAGAAGGUUCGAGAUGCGGUAGUAGCUGAAGCUCAAACAGCUCGUGCUGUCAUUCAAGAUGUCAUCAUGUCUGGGGCGUAUCUGUACCCCUUGAAGGGUAUCAUAUUCUUCGGAACACACAAGGACCUAUGGGGCCCCUUCAUCUCCCGCGCCGGACGGACCAUCACCCUCGGAUUCGGUGUUACCAGCGUGAUGUUUUUCUUCACAUACGUGCCCCAGAUGACGAUCAUGGCCUUCACAAGUGGACCACUCGCUGCCAUUUCCGCCGCGAUCCUCGUUCUGAGCGAAAGCUCCGCCAUCACAAAUGUUCUAUCCCGCUCUUUCCUUAUCGAGGACGCCCUUAUUGAUACCUUCGACGGCACUCUUGUUGCCCGCGACCAGGAGCCUCUUGUUGCGCAAGGACGCCAAAUCAAGCCUCGGUCGGGAGGAAUGGAUGCGAUGGCGAGACUAGGGAAGAUGUUCACCCGGCCGCUUGCACGACUGAGUCCACGGGCGCUACUGCGGUCUUUGCUUUACUUGCCGUUGAACUUGAUUCCUGUGGUCGGCACGAUGCUGUAUAUUUUCGUUCAGGGAAAGAGGGUCGGGCCUAGUUUCCAUGCCAGGUAUUUCCAACUCAAGGGUUGGAACUCUCAACAGCGUGAGGAGUGGGUGGCAAGCAAUCGGGGAGCAUACACAGGGCUUGGGAUCGCCUCGUUUGUAUUGGAAAUGGUGCCAUUCGCCUCCAUGGUGUUUUCUUUCACCAAUACUGUUGGUGCGGCCUUGUGGGCAGCCGAUCUGGAAAAGGCAACCAAGUAA